UAGGCAUGACAUCCUAAUCUUAUAUAUUUUUUAUUUCUAUAUUUUUCCUAUCCUAUAAAUCAAAGGAACCUUUAUCAUGACUAAGUUUUGAGAUAGAACUUCCGCACCAUUCAUUUCACUGCUUCGAACCUAGAACGUAGAAGCAUCAUAGAAAAAAGAAGAGAUGACAAAAAAACAUGGAAAUUUGACCAUUCCAAAAUUCCUCUACAAUCAUGAGCUCCAAUAUGGAAAAUGUCCGUAAGACCAUGGGAUGUGAUUCUUUUGAGAAAAUCUUGGGCUAUAGCCUGGCAAGAAAAAUCCCAAAGCCGUGAAAUGAGAAACAUAUUAGUAUUUUAAAAUGAUAAAGAUGGUAUGGAUACAGAUUUCUUUUUUGAGUCAAUCAUGUAUAAUACCAUUAUCAAAUUGAAAAAUUAAGCGGUCAACCCAAGUCAAUCUUCUGCAUUUUGUUUAUCGUUUCUGCCAGCCACCCCGAGGCGAAGGUCUGUUGAAGUACUGCUGCUAGUCUAGUCUACUCUAAUCUGUUCUUUCUUUUCUAGCAGCAGUUGGCCAGACCCCACCGUCGCAUCACAUCACUCUUUAUUACUUUAUAGUGUUCACUUCACUCCAUGGGCUGGGUGGGAAGUGGGGAAAGCUCUGCCAUCAUCAUACUCGUCAAUACCAGAAGAGAAGUAGCAGGGGAGCUAGCUACAGGCACCAGUAGAGCAAGAAGAAGAAUAAUCCAUCACCAUGGGGAACAUCCUGAAGUGCUUCAAGGGAGAUGACGAGAAAGAAGACCAGUACCCCUACUACCGCCCAACCUCCAGGCCCCAAUACCAGCCUCACUACCCGCAGCAGCAGCAGCAGCAGCAGCAGCAGGAAGCUCAUGGCCAUGGCGUCGCCGCACUGGCGCACGACCUCCUCAACUUCGAGACCCUCUCCAUGGUUCCUGAAGGGCUCCGACAGCACGUUACCGCGUCCAAGAAAGCACAAAAUAAGUGGUACCAGAAUAUGUUGGAGGCAUAUAAGAAUGCCAGAACCCCGCCGAGAACACCUGCAGAGGCUGCCCAACUAAUUGUAACAGCCCUAAACUGGAUCCAGAGAGCUGAUUUGGAGGGUAUCCUCGAAUUCUACAACUUACCGAUUCCAUCACUACCUGCAACAUCCUCAAGCCACCGUCCAUCCUCACUACCAGAGGGCGUGCAAUUUGUCUUGAAUACUUUGCCGGUUAAUAACCAAAACAUUGGAGAUGGUGAUGGCUUUACUGCUUACGUUGCCACAACCGAUCCAAGGGAGUCUGCAAUUGUGCCAAUAGAAGUGCAUGAGAUGGUGAUCGCGAGGACUGAAGCACGGAAUCGUAGGGAUUACCAGAGUGCUGAUGCACUUCAAAGUAGAAUUACUGAGGCUGGAUACAAGAUACUCGUCUGUUCAGACGAAGAGGUCCUAGCAAGGAAAUACCGAAUCAGAAUGAGGGGAAUCGAUGCACCGGAGCUUAAGAUGCCAUACGGGAAGGAAUCGAGGAAUGCUUUGGUGAAGCUCAUUGGUGGGAAAAGAACCACAAUUCAUGUGUAUUGUCAGGACCAGUUUGAGCGCUACGUUGGCGACAUUUAUUGCAAUAACGUGUUCAUCCAGGAGAAAAUGCUGAAGAAUGGUCAUGCAUGGCAUUUCACGACUUACGACAAACGCCCGGAGUUUGCUAAAUGGGAGAGAGAGGCAAGAGCUGCCAACCUAGGGCUUUUUGCAUCACUGAACCCUGAGAAGCCGUGGGAUUGGAGAAGAGAGCGACGGAAUGGCGGUAUUCCAGCCUACUAAUGUCUCCAUCCAUCCAUGUCUCAGAAUUGGUGUGUAUAGUUUGGUAACUAGGAUCUAUCUUGAACAGCAUCAGCAUGCUGCAAAUACAAUAUGUAUAUUAUGCAAGUGCUUUGUCCAGAAGUGCAGUAUGCCAUACCUGAUGAGUAUGCAGAUAUGAACUGUGAGGAGCAAGCGCCAAUAUAUUGUUCCACGCUACUUUGCUA